UCAGGAAUUCGCGCGCAUUUGUAAGAUUUAUUAACUCUUUCUGCUUCGAAGCAAAAUGGAAGACGAUGGAGGAGAGAAAUCAAGCAUCGUAAUAAGCCUAAUAGAAAACAGAGCCAAAGAGGUGGGAAUGGCCGCUUUUGACUUGAGGUCAGCUUCACUUCAUCUUUCUCAAUAUAUUGAAACUAGCAGCUCCUACCAGAAUACAAGAACUUUGUUGCAAUUCUAUGAUCCUGUGGUGAUCAUUGUUCCACCAAACAAAUUGGCACCUGAAGGAAUGGUUGGAAUUUCAGAAUUGGUGGAUCGGUUUUAUGCUUUAGUCAAGAAGGUUGUGAUGGCCCGCGGUUGCUUUGAUGACACCAAGGGUGCUGUGCUGAUUAAAAAUUUAGCAGCCAAGGAACCUUCUGCUCUUGGUCUGGACACUUACUACAAGCAAUAUUAUCUCUGCCUGGCUGCUGCUGCAGCUACUAUAAAAUGGACAGAAGCUGAGAAAGGUGUCAUUGUUACAAACCAUUCGUUAUUGGUUACGUUUAAUGGAUCAUUUGACCACAUGAAUAUUGAUGCAACUAGUGUCCAGAAUUUGGAAAUCAUUGAGCCACUUCAUUCUUCUCUUUGGGGCACCACAAACAAGAAAAGGAGUCUAUUCCAUAUGCUUAAGAUGACAAAAACAAUAGGAGGGACUAGACUUCUACGUGCCAAUUUGCUGCAGCCUCUAAAAGAUAUUGAAACUAUCAACACCCGUCUGGAUUGCCUGGAUGAGCUGAUGAGCAAUGAACAACUGUUCUUUGGACUCUCUCAGGUUCUGUGCAAGUUUCCAAAAGAGACUGAUAGAGUACUCUGUCAUUUCUGCUUUAAGCCAAAGAAGGUUACAAAUGAGGUUUUAGGCAUUGACAAUGCCAGAAGGAGCCAGGUGUUGAUAUCAAGUAUUAUUCUGCUUAAAACUGCUUUAGAUGCAUUGCCUUUACUUUCAAAGGUGCUUAAGGAUGCGAAAAGUUUUCUUCUUGCAAAUGUUUACAGGACUGUAUGUGAAAAUAAGAAAUAUGCUUCCAUCAGAAACAGAAUUGGGGAGGUGAUAGAUGAAGAUGUGCUUCAUGCUCGCGUUCCUUUUGUCGCUCGAACACAGCAAUGUUUUGCUGUCAAGGCUGGUAUUGAUGGACUUUUGGAUAUUGCACGGAGAACGUUUUGUGAUACUAGUGAAGCUGUACACAAUCUUGCAAAUAAGUAUCGUGAAGAAUUCAAAGUGCCAAAUUUGAAACUUCCAUUUAACAACAGACAAGGCUUUUACUUUAGCAUUCCACAGAAGGACAUCCAGGGAAAGCUUCCAAGCAAGUUCAUUCAGGUCCAGAAACAUGGAAAUAAUGUACACUGCUCUUCUUUAGAACUUGCUUCUCUGAAUGUCAGAAAUAAGUCUGCAGCUGAAGAGUGCUAUAUAAGAACAGAAGUUUGCCUUGAAGCUCUAUUAGAUGCUAUAAGGGAGGACGCAUCUGCACUUUCGCUGCUUGCAGAGGUCUUGUGCCUUCUAGAUAUGAUUGUUAAUUCAUUUGCUCAUACAAUAUCAACUAAGCUUGUUGACCGAUAUACUAGGCCAGAAUUCACAAAUAGUGGCCCAUUGGCUUUUGACGCUGGAAGACACCCUAUCCUGGAAAGCAUACAUAAUGACUUUGUCCCCAACAAUCUCUUUAUUUCAGAAGCAUCAAACAUGGUCGUUGUCAUGGGCCCAAACAUGAGCGGAAAGAGCACUUAUCUUCAACAAGUUUGUCUUCUUGUUAUUCUGGCUCAGAUUGGUUGUUAUGUUCCUGCGCGCUUCUCAACUAUAAGGGUAGUUGAUCGUAUAUUUACAAGGAUGGGUUCAGUGGACAAUCUUGAAACGAACUCCAGCACGUUUAUGACGGAGAUGAAAGAGACAGCUUUUGUCAUGCAGAAUGUCUCCCAAAGAAGUCUGAUCAUUAUGGAUGAGCUGGGGAGAGCUACCUCGUCUUGUGAUGGAUUUGCAAUUGCCUGGAGCUGCUGUGAGCAUUUGUUAUCACUCAAAGCGUAUACCAUAUUUGCUACUCAUAUGGAGAACCUAUCAGAACUAGCGACUAUCUAUCCAAAUGUCAAGCUUCUUCACUUAGAUGUGGCCAUAAAAAACAACCGUUUAGAUUUCAAGUUUCAACUCAAGGAUGGACCAAGACACGUACCACAUUAUGGCCUUCUAUUGGCAGAAGUGGCAGGCCUACCAAGCUCAGUGAUCGAAACAGCUCGAAGCAUCACAUCAAAGAUCAAGGAAAAGGAAAUAAAGCAAAUAGAGGUAAACUGCCACCGGUAUCAACAACUGCAGUCGCUAUAUCGUGUUGCUCAACGAUUGAUAUGCUUAAAGUAUUCCAGUCAAGAUGAAGAUUCUAUUCGGCAAGCCUUACAGAAUCUUAAAGAGAACUACAGAGAUGGAAUGCUCUAAUACAGAGUUAUGUCAAUCUUUGAAGUUCAAGCAUCAGUUCGAACGUAGAAUGACCUUAGAUUUGUAUUCCAUAUGGAAAAUCAAGAAGCUGCUGCCUCAGUUUAGCCAAGACAAAGACACAUAUCUGUUCCAUUCUAUUAUUGCUUAAAUAUUUACUCAUCGAUUGGACAAAAAUCCAGUGCAUUUAUUUGCCUUCC